UUGGUGUUGGCACUUUGCUCCUCCCGCGGGGUAGCUGCUGGUGCUGUUUUUUUGAAAAAAAUAGGGGGGAAAGGUCGAAAGGGGCAAAGCUUCAGGACUUUUUUUGAUGGUUGUCUUUAUUUGCGAAGGGCGGAAUUUGCUGCAGUAGCCAGGGCUCCUGAGACGCAGUGUAUCCUCGGGGAUGAAGUCGAUACAAAGUAGCGGCGGGCGCGGCUGGCGCUGGCUAUGAGUUGGGAGAGAUUGGUUACAAUUGUAUCCCCGCGCAGGCAGCGGUAACAUUGUAUCCAGGCGCUCAAUCGUUCGUUCUCUCUGUCCCUGCCGCAUCUCAGCCGUCUGCACUCCGACCGACUGUCCGCCCUGCCGCCUGCUUCCUCAGCAGGGGACUAUUUGCUGUAUAGUGAGAGAGCAACACAAGAAGCAAGAUGUCUGGAGCAUCUGUCAAAGUCGCUGUGCGGGUUAGACCCUUCAACUCCAGAGAGACCGGCAAGGAUUCUAAAUGCAUCAUUCAGAUGCAGGGCAGCUCCACCAGUAUUAUCAACCCGAAGAAUCCAAAGGAAUCACCAAAGACCUUCAGCUUUGAUUACUCCUACUGGUCACAUACCUCGGCUGAAGAUCCAGCCUUUGCUUCUCAGCAUCAAGUCUACAAUGACAUCGGUAAAGAAAUGCUGCAGCAUUCGUUUGAGGGUUACAAUGUAUGCAUUUUCGCAUACGGUCAAACUGGGGCAGGGAAGUCCUACACCAUGAUGGGAAAACAAGAUAAAGACCAUCAAGGGAUAAUCCCACAGCUUUGUGAAGAGCUCUUUGAGCAGAUAAAUGACAACAGUAAUUCUGAUGUGUCAUAUUCUGUGGAGGUCAGUUACAUGGAAAUUUAUUGUGAAAGGGUUCGAGAUCUGCUAAAUCCCAAGACCAAAGGAAAUCUACGUGUCAGAGAGCACCCACUGCUGGGACCCUACGUAGAAGAUCUUUCCAAACUGGCUGUAACAUCUUAUACAGACAUUGCAGAUCUCAUGGAUGCAGGGAACAAAGCCAGAACUGUGGCAGCUACUAAUAUGAAUGAGACCAGCAGCAGAUCUCAUGCUGUUUUCACCAUAGUUUUUACCCAGAAGAAACAUGAUGCAGAAACAGAUCUUUGCACAGAGAAGGUGAGCAAAAUCAGCCUCGUCGAUCUGGCUGGUAGUGAACGGGCUGACUCUACUGGGGCUAAAGGAACAAGAUUAAAGGAAGGAGCGAAUAUCAACAAAUCACUUACAACAUUAGGGAAAGUUAUCUCUGCCCUUGCAGAAGUGAGCAAGAAGAAAAAGAAGUCUGACUUCAUUCCCUACAGAGACUCUGUAUUGACCUGGCUUUUGAGGGAGAAUCUCGGUGGAAACUCACGUACUGCAAUGGUUGCUGCUCUUAGUCCAGCUGAUAUAAACUAUGAUGAAACUCUCAGCACUUUAAGGUAUGCAGAUCGUGCAAAGCAGAUUAAGUGCAAUGCAGUGAUUAAUGAAGAUCCAAAUGCAAAACUUAUCCGAGAACUGAAGGACGAAGUCACAAGAUUGAAGGACUUGCUGUGUUCUCAGGGUCUGGGAGAUAUCUUAGACAUUGAACCAAUGACUGAUGAUUACUCUGGAAGUGGAAUCAAAUACUUGAAAGAGAUACAGAACAGUAAACAUAAGUACAAACUAGCCUCAGGAAAUCAAAGGCCUGGCCAUUUCUCCACAGCACCCGUGGGUACACUGACAACUUCUCCUUCCUCGUCUUCGCUGAGCAGCCAGCCAGGUAUUCAGUCAGUGACCAGCCUGCAGGAGAGAAUAAUGUCAACUCCAGGGGGUGAAGAGGCCAUUGAACGCUUAAAGGAAUCAGAAAAGAUCAUUGCUGAGCUGAAUGAGACAUGGGAGGAGAAGUUGAGGAAAACUGAAGCAAUUCGAAUGGAGAGGGAGGCCCUCUUGGCUGAAAUGGGAGUUGCUAUACGAGAGGAUGGAGGCACGUUGGGAGUAUUUUCCCCGAAAAAGACACCACAUCUUGUGAACCUCAAUGAGGAUCCUCUCAUGUCAGAGUGUCUUCUUUACUACAUCAAAGAUGGCAUCACGAGGGUUGGCCAGGCAGAUGCCCAGAGACGUCAAGAUAUUGUUCUCAGUGGUGCCCAUAUUAGAGAAGAGCACUGUAGUUUCAGGAGUGACAAGAAUCCAAAUGGAGAAGUUAUUGUUACUCUGGUGCCCUGUGAAGGAUCUGAAACUUAUGUGAAUGGCAAACGAGUUGCCAAUCCAGUGAAACUGCGUUCAGGGAAUCGUAUUAUUAUGGGCAAGAAUCACGUCUUCCGAUUCAAUCAUCCUGAACAGGCACGUGCUGAACGAGAGAAGACCCCAUCUGCUGAGACACCAGUCGAACCUGUUGAUUGGGCGUUUGCUCAACGAGAACUUCUGGAAAAGCAAGGCAUAGAUAUGAAACAAGAAAUGGAGAAAAGACUACAAGAAAUGGAGAUUUUGUAUAAGAAAGAGAAGGAAGAGGCUGACCUACUUUUGGAGCAACAGCGCUUGGACUAUGAAAGUAAGCUCGAAGCUUUACAGAAACAAGUGGAAACCCGUUCACUCGCUGCAGAAACAACCGAGGAAGAGGAGGAGGAGGAGGAGGAGGAAGAAGUGCCAUGGACCCAACGUGAUUAUGAGCUGGCAGAGUGGGCAUUCAGGAAAUGGAAGUAUCACCAGUUUACAUCUUUGCGUGACCUACUCUGGGGGAAUGCCGUCUAUCUAAAGGAGGCUAAUGCUAUUAGUGUUGAGUUGAAGAAAAAGGUGCAAUUCCAGUUUGUGUUGCUCACAGACACGCUAUACUCCCCUCUUCCACCUGAAUUACUCCCUGCUGAGGCCGAAUUGGAUCGUGAAGUUCAACAAUUCCCAAGAACUGUUGUUGCAGUGGAGGUACAAGAUCUGAAGAAUGGUGCAACACAUUAUUGGUCCUUGGAAAAACUCAAGCAGAGAUUGGAGCUAAUGCGUGAAAUGUACGAUCGUGCUGGAGAGAUGGCGUCUGCCACACAAGAUGACAGCGAGUCCAUCAUGACAGGCAGUGAUCCGUUUUACGACCGCUUCCAUUGGUUUAAGCUCGUGGGAAGUUCCCCAAUCUUCCACGGCUGUGUGAACGAGCACAUUGCCGAUCGCACACCCUCACCCACCUUCUCCACAGCCGAUUCUGACAUCACUGAGCUUGCUGAUGAGCAGCACGAUGAAAUUGAGGACCUGGAUGACGAGGCCUUUGUGGACGAUACUAGCUCAGACCUCGGCAAUGAAGAGGGAUCAGACAUCUUCGGAGAUGGGCAGGAUCCGUUUUAUGACCGGUCCCCCUGGUUCAUUUUAGUGGGAAGGGCAUUUGUAUACCUCAGCAAUUUGCUGUAUCCAGUGCCCCUCGUUCACAGAAUUGCUAUUGUCAGCGAGAAGGGGGAGGUCCGAGGCUUCCUCAGAGUGGGUGUACAGGCCAUCACAGCUGAUGAAGAGGCACCAGACUAUGGAUCUGGUGUACGCCAGUCUGGUACUGCUAAAAUUUCAUUCGAUGAUGAGAACUACAGAGAGAGUGAUGUAUCUUCUAUUGUAAUGUCACGUUCUGGGCUCUCAUUGGAGGAGCUUAGGAUUGUCGAAGGGCAGGGUCAGAGCACAGAGGUCAUCACCCCAUCGGAAGAGAUGAACAGAAUCAAUGAGCUGGAUUUUAAAUCGAACACUGAGUUGGACCCCAAACUGUCCCUGGGGGAAAUACCUGACAGCAUUGGCGAACACCUGAAAGUUGGCAGUGUUUUCACUUUCCGCGUGACAGUGUUACAGGCCAGUGGGAUCCCACCAGAAUAUGCUGAUAUAUUCUGUCAGUUCAACUUCCUGCACCGUCACGAUGAAGCCUUCUCGACUGAACCCCUGAAGAACAGUGGCCGAGGAACACCACUUGGUUUUUACCAUGUGCAGAAUGUUGCUGUCGAAGUAACUGAAUCGUUUGUAGAAUACAUCAAAACAAAGCCAAUUGUAUUUGAGGUAUUUGGGCACUACCAACAGCACCCUUAUUAUUACCAAGGACAAGAUUUCAAGAGCCCACCACAACCAGUUCGCAAAUAUUUCCCUCCUCCAAUGCCUCUUUCAAAGCCAGUUCCAGCCACUAAGGUGAAUGCCAUGAGCAAACCUACCCUGGGGCAGUGUGUCAGCAAGUAUGAUUUGCUUGUCUGGUUUGAGAUCAGUGAACUGGAACCAACAGGAGAGUAUAUUCCAGCAGUUGUGGACCAUAGUGGAGGCCUACCGUGUCAGGGCACAUACCUGCUUCAUCAGGGAAUUCAGCGCAGGAUUACGGUAACAAUUGUGCAUGAAAAGGGCAGUGAACUUCAUUGGAAGGAUGUUCGAGAGUUGGUUGUUGGUCGCAUCAGGAAUAAGCCCGAGGUGGAUGAAACUGUCGUAGAUGCUGUUUUGUCUUUGAAUAUUAUUUCUGCAAAGCAUAUCAAAUCUUCACAUGAGGCCCAUAGGAGUUUUUAUCGGUUUGAGGCUGUUUGGGAUAGCUCUCUGCACAACUCCCUGCUCCUAAACCGUGUGACACCGUAUGGUGAAAGAAUCUACAUGACCCUUUCUGCCUAUCUGGAGCUUGACCAUUGUAUCCAACCUGCAGUCAUCACCAAGGAUAUCUGUAUGAUCUUCUACUCCCGGGAUGCCAAGAUCUCGCCUCCGCGGUCGCUGCGUAAUUUGUUUGGAAGUGGUUAUGCAAAGACACCCGACUGUAACCGAGUGAGUGGAGUGUAUGAGCUCAGUUUGUGCAAAAUGGCUGACACAGGGAGCCCUGGAAUGCAAAGGAGGAGGAGAAAGAUUUUGGACACUUCUGUUGCCUACGUACGAGGGGAAGAGAAUCUAGCAGGUUGGAGACCCCGAGGGGACAGCCUCAUCCUCGAACACCAGUGGGAACUGGAGAAACUGGAUCUCUUGCAUGAGGUUGAGCGGACGCGCCAUCUCCUGCUGCUGCGUGAGAAACUGGGCGAGACGACUUCUAAGUCUCUCUGCGAUUCCAUCUCGCCGAGUAUGAGCAGUGGUACGCUCAGCACCUCCACCAGCAUUUCCUCACAGAUAUCGACCACCACGUUUGAGAGCGCUGUCACGCCUAGCGAGAGCAGUGGGUACGACUCUGCUGACAUCCAGAGCCUUGUCGAUCGAGAGAAGGAGCUGGCAACCAAGUGCUUGCGACUUCUAAUGCAUACCUUUAAUAAAGAAUUCAAUCAAGUCUGCAGCAGCAUCAGUGACAGCAAGCUUUCAGAUGUAAACUCUCCCAUUGGCCGUGAUGCUUCUGUGUCCAGUUUCAGCAGCACCACGCUCACUCCUUCCUCCACCUGUCCGUCGCUCGCAGACUCCCGGUGUAACUCCAUUGAUCAGAAGACUCCAGAGGCCAACUCAAGAUCAUCUAGUCCGUGUGUGGAAUUUGACGGCUUCUCCAUGGUUUCUCGAGUUGAAACGUCAUACCUUGCCAGAGCGGGGAAGAAUGAAUUUCUGAACCUGCUUCCUGACAUUGAGGAGAUCAGGACUGGUCCCGUGGUGUCGAAGAAAGGAUAUCUGCAUUUCAUGGAACCACAGUCUAAUUCUUGGGUGAAGCAUUAUGUUGCUAUCCGUCGUCCAUAUGUGUUUAUCUACAACAGUGAUAAGGACCCUGUGGAAAGAGGCAUUCUUAAUUUGUCUACAGCCCAGGUGGAGUACAGUGAGGAUCAGCAGGCUAUGCUAAAGACAUCGAACACGUUUGCAGUGUGCACAAAACAUCGCGGAAUACUUCUGCAAGCAAGCAACGACAAAGAUAUGUACGACUGGUUGUAUGCUUUCAAUCCACUGUUAGCUGGUUCAAUCAGGUCAAAACUCGCUAGGAGACGUUCAGGGCAACAAAUGAUGUAAAAGAAAACCUUUCUCCAAAGGCAAGAAAUGAAGUAACAAUUCUGACUUGCCUUUCAAACGUAGAAGAAUUGCUCUUAACGUUUUGUGAUUCUUGACGGUUUCUCAUGUACACGUGGCUUAACUCUCUAUCUAAGCACCUUUUUUUUUCUAGGUACCAAAAUACAGCUUUUUCUUUACAUCCAUUCCAGAUCUCGUAAUAGCAUGUUGUAAAAUAGUUGAGUGUGUGCAUGAUUCUCAACAUGUUCCAUUUCUGCUUUCUUCUUGUGUCUGUAGGAUGUCCUUGUCUGUGUUUCCUGUCAAACUGUAGCCUUUAAUUUGCAAACCAUGGGGUAAUUGCAACUGGCCCUUGGCGUAUGUAGCUGUAAGAUAAAGUGGAAAAUAACAGUUCAGGCUCUUCCUCUGAUAGGCAGGAGCCUAAAUACCUUCAUGAAUACGGUGUUCUGGAAUAUUACAUGUAGUGAUCUCCAGCAUUCUAGAACAUCACAGCUGCCAGGCCGUUUUAGACGGGACGUUUUUGAUGAUUGCAUUGGUUGCGAAAUUUCCUGGAUUGUUAAAUGUGGAUUGGUGACACUAGGGUGAAGCCCACUCUGAGGAAGUGCAGUCCUACUACUUAGUAGGAAAACUAGCCAAUCUUGAAAACUAACCCACUCAGUUUGGUGAAGUAACGAGUAGCAGGAAGACCACAGUCUGGCUUUGCUGCUGCUGUAAGCACACACUGCAAUGGUUGGCCUGUCUCCUUUCCUAUCUAUCUAUUUUCUGCAUGCAUGUGUAUCCAGGGGGGUACAUUUGCCCAAGGUUGCUCCUCCUUACCUUGGUGCAAAGCAGAUAACAGCAGACUUUCGCAAAUUGCUUUCUGGACUUGCAACAAUGCACAUGUUCCUCACUUCCAAGUGACGGAACGAGGUGCCUAAAUACUUCUUUACAGUAUAAUCAUCAUUAAUCAGCAGCAGUAUCCCAGAAUAACUUGACCCAAGGUCAAGUAAUUCCACAUCACUGCUGUGUCAGAUGGAGAGUUGAAAGUGCUCUACAAAUCCUGCGCCAUGCUGUAUUCUUGCAUAUGACCACUUGCAUUAGAAAUAAAUUUGCAGACUAAUCCUUAAUGCCACAAUCAGGCAUUUGCUGACCCUUUUAAUUGCUGGCCUCUAACCACCAGAUACUCUGCUGCUAAGGUUGCUAUUUCAAAACAAGGUGCAUUUUAGAAAGUAGCAAAUGAUAAAUAGGACUCUGUUAAAGUUGUGGACCAGUAUUCACACCUGUCUGUACCAGUGAACUAAAUGCAGCAUUUAAGGUACAGGUGUUGAGGCAGUCCUCUCAACGUCUCAUCGCGAGAUCAUCUCUAAUGUAUUUCAGUCUCUACUAUUAACCAAGAAUAAAUUUGGUAGAAGGGACUAGGAUUUCAUUCCUCAUUAUUCCUCUGAAGUUGUACAUUUUUAGAAUGAUUUUCAGUUUUUGCAAACCAUUUUGUAUCUUGACUGUCACCGAUGCAUCCCUAAGAGGUGUCUGCUAAAACAUCCUUUGCCAAAUGCAUUGUCCUUUCCACCAAACAAGGUGUAUAAUACACAAGCUGAGCGCAACCACGUUUACAGACAAGUGCAAGUCAGUAUUUCUCAUUAAUUUUGAGUUAAAGAUGUCAACCAAUAGCCAAAAUAAAUUGCACAAAUUUGUAUAACUGUAGGUUGAUUAGAUUCUGUGGAGGGAAAACACAAUGGAAUGUGAUGACAUGCAAACUAUUUAUUAGAAAAAGUUGAAAGCAUUUAGGAUAUGAUUGGCAAUCAUUUGGCAUUUUGCCAGGCUUGGUUAAUAGGAAAAACAGUCAAUAGUCUUAUCCUUCAUCUGUUCGUCUGGCCCAACAGGAUAAUAUAGGCUUCCCUGGGCAUCUCCAAAGACCUUUGUUUGUCGUAGGGUUUUUCCCUCUAGCUAUUUUCAUGUUGCUGCACAGGAAACGUGUACUUUGAAUGUAUUGUAGCUGCAUUCUAAUGUGUGUCAUGAAAACACUCUCCAAUAAUACUAAACAAAAAUGAAGUGUAAUUGUACAUUGCACACAGACCUUACGUGGUCGCAUGCAGUAGUAAUUAUAUCACAUUUAGCAAACCAGCACAGGCAAAUUAGCAUUGCUGCAGAUUUAUUUUUACAGUAUAUAUGCACUUUUUCUUAUCAAUAACUGUUGACCAUGAGCUGCAGAAGUAGAGCUUGAUCAAAAGGGAUCCUAAUGGGGGUUAUCUACUAGAUAGUCUUGCAGUUUGCCCACUGAUGGUUACCAGGAAACUUUAAGCUAGUCUAUGUGCUAAUGUCAAGUGAAGAAACAUGGGACAUUAAUAAUCUAAUGGUAUACAGAAACAUAUUGAUGCUUGAAUUGUUUACAACAGGAGUUACCAGAAUGUAAGCUGCCUUGGCACAUCAAAAGUGAGAAUUUCUCUGGUAAUAAUUGAUUAGUGUACUGUUUACAAUUUUGUUUUAUUGCCGAAGGAACUGUGCUAUGAAAUGAGAAGGGAAAAUAUCGAAUCUUUGCUUUGAACAACUGAAGUCAAACAAACGAAAGCUACAGCACCUAGAGUUUCUAUCAUUUGUGAACAUCCUCUCUCCAAAAUUCACAACUUCACUUGCUCUGUCCUCACCAGAGUUUUGUUUUAAAAUUGAAUUUGUAUAAAAGAAUUGAAGCGCUUUUGAAAGGAAUAUGGAAACAUGCUGCAAAUUUUAAAGUAAAUGCAUACCAUUUGUAUGUGAGGAUUUUCUAAUUUGAGUAUAUAAACUUUCAUCUCAUGCUUUUGCGAUAUGGAUUGAGUGGAAUUAGAUACAUCCACAAACCUGGGAAAUCAAAUCACAAGACAUACUUAUCAAAUAGAUUCUUCUACUGAUGAUUAAUAUGUUUGUAUUUUUCUGUGCAUUUUAAAAGUGUUAGCUUAAUUUUUAAAAAAUUAAAGAACGGAGACAUGUCUGAGGCUUGCAAACCUCCAGAUCAUGGCCUGCACUGACAUGACAGUGGAAGUAACUAAGACUGACUAAAUUUUUAGUUUGUAGUGUUAGUGAUCCAACAUUUUCGGCUAUAGGGUUAUGGUAUGCAUAAUGUAGGCAAUCACAUUACAGCAGAUUAUUUAGCUAUUCCAGCUGCGUGGCUUUUAUUGUUAAUGGACUAUACAGUGUAAUAUUUUUGCUAAAACCUAAUAAGCUAUAUCUUGUGCUGUGAAUGGAGUUAAACAUUAUUUUAAAAAAACUAUGGAUCAGUUUUGUAUUUAAAUUUCUGAAAUAUGAAAGCUGAAGCUAAAUUAAAAGUUGAUGGUUUUCCAUGAGUCACAACGUGACUUCCAAUAUCGGAAGAACCCAUUAUUUAUUAUCGGCAAUUGUAAUGAAGUUUGAAGAUGCGGUCUUUAGCUCUAAAUGUGAAUGUAUAUUGUAUUGCAGUAAGGGAGGUUUAAAAUGUAGAACCACUGUGUAUGUGCCUGAAGUCAGCCAACUUGAGAGCACAUGGUGAAGUGCAUCAUGCUAGAGGCCAGAGAACCUCUAAAGCAUGGACAGUAUGAAAAGUAUUUAUUUGAUUGGAGUGAAUACACUAUACAUUUAGCCAGCUAAUGCUUCAGUGUCCGAAAAAUAAGACUAGUCAUUUAAUCCAAUAAUUUCAAGAUAUUUGAAAUCAUUACUGUGUAAGCUGGCUCGUGGGUACUCAAGAUAGUCACAUUCUUGGAUGAAGUUGAUAGAUAAACUUAUGAAUGAAGGAUACUGUGGAAAAUAAGCUCAAUGUCUUUACUUUCCACACUGGAUACCAAAUUUGCACAUCUUGCACUUUUAACAUAAUGUUUCCAGCUACUUCUAAAUGUAAGCAGCACCUUUUAACACCAAACCAAAAUUAGACAAAACUCCCAUAGGAUAUUAUGUACAAUUUAGUAUAAGUUUGUAAUUGUUUCAUUUAAAAUAUAAAUUGUAAUCCAAUGACUGAAUUAAUUCACUUUUUUAAUGAAAAUAUUUAAGACUAAAAAUACAGGAGCUGUAAAGUCUAUAAUUUUCUUAAAUCUCAAAGCCUUUUUCAGGAGGCUGAACAGUUCUUAGUGUAAGAAAUCACAUGAAACGUAAGGUUGAUUCUGCUUGGUGAGUUGGCCAUCUGUAUCGUUAAAAGAUUUUUAUAAGCACACUUUUUUUGCUUACUAACUUUCAACUACAUUAUUUGGGUAGCUAAAUGUAUCAACCCAUCAGUCAAUCAGACUUGUCAAAUAAAGGACACUAUUGUGACAGCAUGUUUAACAAAAACACUUUGGCCUUUCAUUCGUGAUAGGAAAUCCAGGUGGAUCUGCAAAUACCUGUUCACCUGAAUAAGUCUAACCCACAGAACAGGCAUAGUGGGCAUUCUUUACUUUAUUACUGAUGUGUUUGAAAUCUGGUAAAUGCAAGCGCACACAUUUUAUUAUUGCCAUUCCUCUCCCAACUCUCUCUCUGUGAACCCAGUUUUCAUCAAGGCCAGUAAUCUGUUCACUUGCUCAACAUACAUGAUCAAAGCAAAGAUUCUCCCGACACUCCCGUCUCAUUUCUAGCUUUUUAGCUGGUGCAUGAUGAAUGCACUAUUUAUUUUGUAUGAAUUGUUUGCAGUAAGUUGCACACCGUUUAAGAAGUAAUUGUUUAGGAAAAGAGUAAGAAUUGCUGUGGGUCAUUGUGUAUUUUGUUUCUUUGCUUAAGAGCCCUUUCACCAAUACUGCACAUUGAGAUAUGAAACAUAGAACCACUUUUAUUUGAGAGAGACUGUAUACCCUUUUAAGGAAGGUAGAAAGUUCAGAGUAAAGUUGCAACAUUUGAACAAUUGGAUUUGUUUUUUGAAACUAUCAAGACUGCAAAUUAAUGUUAUUAUUUUUUUAACGAGCAUUUUGCUUAAUUUGAAAAUGGUGAAACUAAUUGUCAAAUCUACACCAAUCCGUUACAUUGUUUUAUACUGGGAUUGAAUUAUUUUGUAAGUUUGAUUAUGUGAAGAACUUGUACAUCAAUUGAUGUGUUAUAUAGUCUCCCUCAAACAGUGAGUGCAAUUAAAGGGAAAGAUACCGUAGCUGCUGUUUGUAGGUUUACUGAAUGUGCUGGUAAUCGGGAGUUUACCUGUGUUUUUCUAAUUUUAAUGUUGUCUGUUGUGGCUGGUUAACCACAAUCCAUUGUAGUUUAAAGAUCAUUUUAGUUGGGAAUCAUUUAUAGUGCUUCCUAUCAACGCCAGACCCUUCUAAGGAGUGCAUCAACACUGUACAUUAUUUAUUAUAUUUUGUUAGGGUGGCUACACGUUCAUAAUUUUUAUUUUGUAAAUAUGUGUUGAACCAAGCUUAAGGUAUAAAGACUUAAAAAUGUAAAUAUUUCGUUUAUUUGUACUAAUUAUAAUCCAUUCGCUGUAUAGCAUAGACGUGUAAUGCAGAUAACUAACUGUGUAACUGCACUACUGAACUGUUUAGUGAAUGAGGUAACAAUAAAGGUACAACCAGAGCAUAAGCAA